CGCCCUGCUGGAGAAGGAGCCCCGAGGAGGAAUCAAUCAGACGAUUCUGCGAAACUUGAUAUCUGAGUAAGUUCGAUUUCGUGGUUUAUUCGAUCUUAAUUAUUCCUUCUCCAAAAAAAAAGCCCUUUUUGGGUGCAAGCAAUUUUGGAUUGUCUUCUUCUUCGUCUUCUCGUUGAUUUCGAGUGCUGCUGCUUCUGUGGGAGUUGGAUGGAUCUGGAGACUGAGAAUAGAAUAGCUUCGAUUCUGUUAAGAGAAGCAGCGGAGUUGAGGAGACAAGCUGAGAAAGAAGGAGUCCGAGCUUAUCUUGAGAAACCUAAUGUUAGACAUCGUCCUAACUCUAGGUUUCUCACUGCUACUGUUCUUGGUGUUCAGCAAGCAAACAAAGCUGUAGAGACCGAUGAGAUGUGGAGGCUUCGUCGCACAGAGAUUGAGUUUGAUCAGAGUCUCAAAAGAAAAUCAAGAGAUGAGAGCGGUAGUAAUGUCCAAAGUGAACAGAACAAUAGGAGGGGUUUUGUUAAGAGAUGCACUUCAGUUGAUGAGAAUGAUGCUCGUUCUUCACCAUCGUCAAGUCAGAGCAGAGACAAAAGGUGGCAACCCGAUUAUGAUGAUCAUGAUGAUGGGAAAGGGUUAGGAGAUGUCGAGGUUGAGACUUUUCUCCAAUCAAGGGUCAAGCGUGGCAGAGGCUCUGUUGGUCCUAAGAUGGAUGAACCAUUUCCUUGUCUUCCUAUCACGGAACUGCCAACAACUUCUGAUACAGGAGAUCGCAAGUUAGCUGUAGAGCCAGAUAGAUGGCCUCUACUGAGACAUAACACGGAUUCAUCUUCUUCUUCCGAGGAGGAGGAUGCUCAUGGGCGUAUUUAUAGAAAAGGAAAAGAUCAUAAGCAGAAACUUAGUAAGAGGCACAAGUCAAAAGAGAAGAAAAGAGAUCACAAGUCAAAAGAGAAGAAAAAAGAUAGGAAGGAGAAGAAGAAGAGAAGGGAUGAGAAGAAGAGAAAACAUGGUAGGGACUAGGUCUUCUUCUUCGGACAAAAGUUAUUUGCACACGUUGUGUUGAGGAAGUUAUACCGUUGGGUCGAAUGGGAGAGAAAGUGGAUGUUGCUGUAUUUGAAAAUGUUACACUAGAGAUGGACACAGAGUUUGUUUACUCCUACGAUAAUGUAUGUUCAAUAUAUAAACUUUUCACGUC